CGUAGUAGGGCAUGCGCAGUGCGGACGAACCAAACGGACAGAAUUCAAAGUUUCUGACGAGCCAAUAAAGAUGUUCGGCUUUCAUAAAUCGAAGAUUUACCGCAGUAAUGACGGUUGUUGUAUUUGCAAAACGAAGUCUUCCAGUUCUCGAUUCACAGACAGCAGCAGAUACGAGGAGAACUUCAGACUCUGCUUUGGUUUGUCUGAAGACAGAGUUGGAGAUAUUUGCAAUGCUUGUGUUCUGCUGGUAAAACGCUGGAAGAAAUUGCCACACGGGUCAAAGAAGAACUGGAACCAUGUGGUGGAUGCAAGAGCGGGACCUGGUUUCAAGCUCACCAAACCUAAGAAAGUGAAAAACAGUGAUGGAAAGAAAAAAAGUAAACUGAAAAAGCUUCAUAAAUUUAAACGACAAAAUUCAGAUGCCCACAGCACCACAUCCAGUAUGUCUCCCUCUCAGUCUCCCAGCCACAGUAAUCAGUCUGACGAUGGAUCAGACAUUGAAACCAAACAGAGACGUCCUAACCCAUCUGGGUUCUCCUUUCUUGACCUGUCCUACUGGAAAAGGCAAAAGGUGUGCUGUGGGAUUGUCUACAAAGGGCGUUUUGGUGAGGUGAUCAUUGAUCCUCGUCUCUUCAAGCCCUGCUGUAACGCCAAGAAGCGUCCUCCUCUGGCAUCCUCCUCAGACUCCCCGAUCUCUCAAACACUUCCGUUGCCUGUUUCAGAGGACAUGAAGGAGGCGUGGUGAUCAGCUGAUUGCACCCUCCAAACGGUCUCAUUGAGGCUCUCAUAGCUUUGUCUCCAGUGGUAGACUUCGAUAUCUUCCCCUUGCUAGAUAACUGUAUGAGUUGAGUUUUUUUUUUUCCUGCUUUCUAUUUUUUUACGACUCUUUUGUCAAAUGUAAUUUUUGUACUUUUUUUUUUUUUUUUUUUAAAUACCAAAAAGGAGAAAACAAUUGGGCUUUAGGAAAUAUUUAUAGUGCAGAUUUGGUGCAUUUAAUGUGAUUUUUUUUUUUUUUUUUUUUUUAACACUGUAAAAUACUUUUGUUUCGGAGUUCUUCCAGUGUUUGUAAAUAUGAUCUUAUUUUCCAUUCCAGUGCACCAAAAUACUUUUAUUUGACGUUUACUGUCAUGAAUUUCAGAUGAAAUGAUGUAAAGUGUUGUAUCUAAAAUUAUAGCCAAGGCAUUCAUGAGAUGGUGUAAUUUUAAGCAAAUAUAAUAUUUUACUCCGCUGUGCAGUCUUCUGCUCAGAUUCAAAUUGUAAACUGUGGUUUAUUAUAUUACAGAAAUGCAUUUUUGACUUGGGCACAAUAUUCACAAUGUGAAUGCACCUCAGCUUUUUGUCUGUAAAAUUCCUGGAUUGACAAAGAUAUUUCUGUGGUUUAAAAAAUUGUUACGGGUUAGUACAUCUUUAAAACCAAGAUGAAAAAAUACAUUAAGCUUUUAUUUACACAAUGAGUACAAAAGCAUGCACAACGUAUUUGUAGGCAUGAUCGGUCUUGAUUUUAAACUCUGGAUGUUUGUGUUGUUGCAUAUGAAAGUGCUGUAAUACAGUAAGGAUGAGCUCCUAUUACUGACUGAUGAACUUACGAUCAGGCUUUACACUGUUUCUUUUUUCACCAUGUUUGUCUUCCAUUUCCAAUAUGUAAUGUACACUAAAGGUAAUCAAAGAUGAAUUGUACAGCCAGUCUUUCAGCCUAGAUGUUUUGAUAGCAGCUUGUUUUAGAUUUUCUUUAUUGCUCGUUUUCGCAGUUAAAUGAUGAAAUAGCUGUUUUUAAAUGAAAACAGAAUUGGGUUCAGAGGUUUAGCAAUAUUGUGGAGUUUACCGAUUAGAUUUUGGGGUAAACAAGAAUUAAUUUCAGUGUAUUAUUUGAAUGAAUGUUUGUAUUCACCAGCAAUAUUCAGAGUCGGCAUCAUUCCUGCUGGCUCCGAGAUCUCUUGUUUUGGAAACACAAGAGCGAUGAUAAAAUGUCAAUAAAGUUCAGGGGGAAAUGUUUUUAACUCGGCACAUUCUCAAUGUUAAUGUGCCUUACCAGAGAUUUAACUGAUUGUUUCAUUACAUGAAUUUGUUAUUUUUUAACUUAUGCUAUUUAUUCGAUGCUGUCUGUACAAUUGAUACUGUAAAGAAAUUUUGUGCACUUUCUGUUUUUAUACUUUUUUUGUAAUAUUACCAUUAAUAAGAUUUUGUAUUUCAA